AUAUUUGCAAUAGUUUCCUCGGUUUAUGCUUUGAAGUGUAUGGUCUCAUCUACAGACUUUAAAAUAGGAAUGUAAGAUCCUGUUAUAAAACUAAUUUAACUUGGCUAUUAAAGUGAUACUUUUCCCCUCAGUUGGUUACAUCACAACUGAACUGUAUUAAUUUAAGUUAGUUAAGUAAUUGAUCUGAGUGCAGUGGUUUGGCUCCUUAGUGAAGGAUACAAUUAUAAUGUAUAAAAAAGAACCUGAAAAACAAAAAAACGCAGUUCAUUUUCUGCAGUGAGGAAUGUACAUGUGACUUAAUUCCUCUAUGGAUACCGUGGAACGGGUUUCAUCCUUCAGAAAUCUGCCUGUGAGAGUAGGAUCUCAUGUGCAGCAGUGAGACGUGUCUCUGUGAGAAAGGUGCAGGCCUAGCUACUAACACUUAGGAAAUCUUCUGCUUUCAGUUGAAUCUAUGAGUUGAAUUUACAUCUCUGGAAGGAUGUAGCCUGUUCCUUGUUAACUUGCCUGAUGUAAAAACCUAACCUGUUUUAUGAAUGCAUUUUUACCUUCCCUCACCUUUCCCCGUGAUAACUGAUCCCAACAAAAAGCCCUGACGCAUGGGAAACAAAACGAAACCCACAAACCUGAACCCUGUGCCUCGGUCUCCUAAGGUCUGGGCAAACAGAAGUUCAAACAGUUGUGUAAACCUUGGGUUGCCAAGUGCUUUCCUUUUUUGCUCCACCAGCUUUAUGCAACUGACCUUUUUCUGAGCCUUCUCCCCCCGCCCCAGCAGUUUGUUAUCCCUUGCCUUAGGCAUAUCCAAGAGCACUACUUUCUGUCCCCAGACUGCUCUGCUGUCUAGGUUGUCUUUCACAGCUCCUAGCUUGCUUUCUUCCUUGCUCCUAUCUCCCUGAUUCUGCUUACGCCAUCCUAUUAACGUAUUCCUCUCUUUUUCCCAUAAUUUCUUUGUUUGAUUUCAGUCAAGGAUUUUAUGUGCUACCCGCAACUGCAGAAUUAGGGCCUUCAGCCAAAGAUUUAUUUAUGAGCAAUUAAACAAUGUCCAUUGAUUCCUUAUGUAGAAGAUGGGAGAACUGUUUUGCUGUUGGUGUGGAUGACUACAGCUCAGAGUCUGAUGUGAUUAUUAUACCUUCAGCCCUGGACUUUGUCUCACAAGAUGAAAUGUUGACGCCUUUGGGAAGACUGGACAAGUACGCUGCAAGUGAGAACAUAUUUAACAGGCAAAUGGUGGCGCGAAGUUUACUGGACACUUUGAAGGAAGUCAGUGAUGAUGAGAGAGAUUGUAUUGCUGUGUUGGAGAGAAUCAGCAGAUUAGCUGAUGAUUCAGAGCCUACAGUGCGGGCAGAACUGAUGGAACAGGUGCCUCACAUUGCUAUGUUUUGUCAAGAAAACAGACCUUCCAUCCCAUAUGCUUUUUCCAAAUACUUACUACCUAUUGUGGUACGGUACCUUGCAGACCAGAAUAACCAGGUAAGAAAAACGAGCCAGGCAGCAUUGUUAGUUCUGUUGGAACAAGAACUCAUAGAGAGAUAUGAUGUGGAGACCAAAGUAUGCCCUGUUCUGAUAGAUCUGACGGCACCAGACAGCAAUGAUGAUGUGAAGACGGAAGCCGUGGCUAUAAUGUGCAAAAUGGCCUCCAUGGUGGGAAAGGACAUCACGGAAAGACUUGUUCUUCCUAGGUUUUGUGAGAUGUGCUGUGACUGCAGAAUGUUUCAUGUUCGUAAGGUAUGUGCAGCCAACUUUGGAGAUAUCUGCAGCGUGGUUGGGCAGCAGGCCACUGAAGAAAUGCUGCUGCCGAGGUUUUUCCAGCUCUGCUCUGAUAAUGUGUGGGGAGUUCGGAAAGCCUGUGCCGAAUGUUUCAUGGCAGUUUCUUGUGCAACAUCACAAGAAGUCCGGCGGACAAAGUUGUCAACCCUUUUUAUUAAUUUGAUUAGUGAUCCUUCGCGAUGGGUCCGACAAGCUGCUUUUCAGUCCCUGGGGCCUUUCAUAUCAACUUUUGCUAACCCAUCCAGCAGUGGUCAGUAUUUUAAAGAAGAAGAUGAUAAAAACUCAGAGGACCAUGCUUCUGCACAGGAAAACAGCAAACAAAUCAGAACUACAGAAGACAUCACAACAGAGGAUGAGCACAACAGAACAGAGAAUCUGUCUUCACACAUCGAUAAUGGCAAUUUUGGAACAAAACUUGAAAAUGCCACGGGGGAUCAAAAUGCAGUGUCAAAUAACUCCCAGAGGGAAAGUGAUUUCCAGACUGAGUCAUCCUUUCAUUGCACUUUGUCGUCAGAUUCUUGUGGGGGAAUGGCUGAUGAGAAUGAGCAAAGUUCUCAUUGCUGUACAGCAGGACUACGGGAGGCUGGGCGAAGUUCACAGGAAACCUCUCUUUCGGAGCAGGAAUUGUACAACUCUUUCCAUUUCUGGAGGACUCCACUUCCUGAAAUAGAUAUUGAUUUGGAGCUUCAGCAGACUUCUGAGAUAAUCCUCGAUAGAGAAAUUCAGGAACUCACAAUGCCGGUGUCUCCAAACAUUCCUAUGGCAACAAGGAAAGAGUUGGAGGAAAUGAUAGAAAAUUUGGAACCCCAUAUAGAUGAUCCAGACGUUAAAGCACAAGUGGAGGUGUUGUCUGCUGCACUCAGAGCAUCCAGUUUGAAUCCUCAGGAAGAGACGAUGGCCGGCAUUGGCAAGGGAACAGACUCACAGAAUGAACUUACCAGCAGUGACCAACAAAGUUUUAAGCCUAUACUGAGUGAUAUUGUGCCUUUAAUUGGUGACACUGUUGAGAAUUUGGAUUCCACGCUUCAUUAUAUUCAUAACGAUUCAGAUUUGAGCACCAAUAGUAGUUUCAGCCCUGAGGAAGAAAGAAAAUCCAAAGUACAGGAUGUUGUACCUCAAGCCUUGCUGGAUCAGUAUUUAUCAAUGACUGAUCCAUCUCGCGCACAAACUGUUGAUACCGAGAUUGCCAAACACUGUGCCUACAGCCUACCCGGUGUGGCGCUUACACUAGGCAGACAGAACUGGCACUGCUUGAAGGAUACCUAUGAGACACUGGCAUCUGACAUGCAGUGGAAAGUUCGGCGGACGCUAGCAUUUUCUAUACAUGAACUUGCUGUCAUCCUUGGAGACCAACUUACAGCUGGGGAUUUAGUUCCUGUCUUCAAUGGCUUCUUAAAAGACCUGGAUGAAGUCAGGAUAGGUGUGCUUAAACACUUGCAUGACUUUCUAAAGCUUCUUCAUCUUGACAAAAGAAGAGAGUAUCUUUAUCAGCUCCAGGAAUUCUUAGUGACUGAUAACAGCAGGAAUUGGCGUUUCCGUGCAGAGCUGGCUGAGCAGCUGAUCUUACUUCUAGAUCUGUACAGUGCCAGAGACAUCUACGACUACUUGCGACCUAUCGCGUUCAGCCUCUGUGCAGACAAAGUGUCUUCUGUCCGUUGGAUUUCUUACAAGCUGGUUAGUGAAAUGGUAAAGAAGCUGUACAUGGCGUCAACGUCAACGUUUGUGGUAGACCUCAUGAAUGAACUUGUUGAAAAGUUCUGUAGAUGCCGCAAAUGGUCCGGCCGGCAAACUUUUGUCUUUAUCUGCCAGACUAUCAGUGAAGAUGACUGCCUGCCCAUGGACCAGUUUGCUGUGCAUCUGUUGCCACACUUAUUACACUUGGCAUCUGACAGAGUUCCAAAUGUUCGAGUCCUGCUUGCAAAAACAUUAAAGCAAACGCUUUUAGAGAAAGAGUAUUUUAUAAAUUCUGCCAACUCGCAUCAAGAAGCUGUGGAACAAACAGUUAUGGCGCUUCAAAUGGACGAUGACAACGAUGUCAAGUAUUUUGCAAGCAUACACCCUGCCAGUACCAAAAUUGCAGACGAUGCCAUGAGCACUGCUUCAUCAACGUAUUGAAAAUCUCCUGAAUGUUGCUAUAAUUAAAAAAAAAAAAAUUGAAACAAACUAUCCUCAUGCUUCUAAAAUGGCUGAUAGAGGACAACCUCUUUGGAAGGAGAGAUUUCUUGCCAGAACGAACAGGUGGACGUUAUCUAAACCUGGUUCCAGGGAUUUUAAGUCAAGAAAAUGUAAACCUACUUAUGUCAGCUUGACUUUAGAAAAAACACUGCUCAGAGGAUUAUUUUUGCCACCGAAGCCUUAAAUCUUCUGUCUUCCUGAACAAAUAAAACUUGAAUUGGCAGAUCAUUUUCAUUGUAGAAAGGAUGCGAUUUCCAGAGACCUGCGUUGUUUCUCCUGAGGAGUUAACCUAGCAAGUAUUUUCUGUAGCAACUGAUAGGUGGAAUGGCUGGAAAGGCAAAUUUGUAGCGGGACGUAAGACCUCCAGUAUUAGCGCUCAGAGUUUUUAUCAUUCAAGGACUCGAUCCGUGUGCGGCCGGGCACACCCUGAAGUGGGAAUAGCUUUCAUGUGCGUCUAUGGGGAAGGUAGAAAUUUGGAUUUCUCUUAAGGGCUCAGUGCUAACACUAAACUAGAAUUUGAUUUUAAUCCUUAAAUGCAGCAUAUUGCUGUACCCGUUAGCAGAAGACUUUGCUGAGUACCUGCGUCCUAAUUAUUUUCAUGCUGGUCAUGACCUAAAGGAAAUUUAUGAGCACAUAUACUUUAAGUCAGGUAUUUUUAACUUGAUCGUGAUCAGCUCUGAGGUGCAACGUUUUUCUUCAUUUACUGUACAUAUCUGUGAGCCUCCUUGGAGGGCUGCAGUCUUUAAUCAUGUUGUUCAAAGCUGUUGUGAUACAAGUUGUUCUCUACUUGUCCAAAUAAAAUUUAAUAAUAAGAUUGAAAGCAAUCUUGUGACCUUUUUAAGACAUUAAAAGAAUAAGUUUGAAA